CGCGGCAUGUGGGAUCUUCCCGGACCGGGGCACGAACCCGUGUCCCCUGCAUCGGCAGGUGGACCCUCAACCACUGCGCCACCAGGGAAGCCCCCCACCUAGAUUUUAUCUCUAUAAAGUUUUUCAUGUUACUUAUUGUAUCUCUAUAUAACUUUAUGUUGUGCUCUUUUACUUAAUACCAUUUAAAAAAUAUUCUUCAGUGUUUUUCCAUAGUCAUCAUAGUUACCAAUUUAAAGGGUGAUCAUUCUCCAUUAUAUUUAUAGACAAUUGUUUAUUUACUUAAAUAUUUCACUGCUAUUUAAUACAAGUUUUUUUUUCUCCUUCUAAAUUCUUUUAAAAUAGUAUUGCUACAGAAAACUUCAAGCAGUUAGUUUAUUCUUCUUUUGUAAUUCUUUUUUCCUGGAGAUUAAUUCUUAGGAGUAGGAUCUGUUGCUUGAGUUGCAUUGUCAAGAGGCUCUUCAAUUUAUGGCACCACAAACAACACAUGGAUGUUCCCAUUUCCCUGGAUGCUGAACUGCCCUGUGUCUUGGAUAACUUGUUUGGAGGGAAUGUAGUUUAAAUAGAUGAUUAAAAGUUUCAUUUACUUCCUCAUUAUUAGUUCAGCUUGUAUUUAAAGUUCAGUCCCUCACAUCUGUGCAGUAGUAGGGGAAGCACAAUGUUUGGACACAGGCAGGCCCAGGUGUGAAUCUUGGUUCUGUUGCUGGCCAUUUGGGUGUCUGUGAACAAGUUACUUAAGCUCUCCAAGGCUCGGUUUCUUUCUCUGUAAAAUGCGGAGAAUACAUACCUUGUAGGACUGCUGUGAGAAUUAAGUAAAGAUUUAAAAGUGCCUGCACAGUAAAUUUUUGUCCCCUUUUAUCUCCCUUCUCUUCGUCUAUCAUUGUAUUUUUUUUCAUUUAAAAUUAUGUUUUUAUAUUCUUUUCUCAUUUAUCUAUUUGGGGCUGGCAGUGGUUUCAUGUAAUCAAGUGAUCUCUUUAUUUUUGAUCAAUAUUAACUCUUUAUCUGUUCAUACUUAAUAUAAAUAUCUUCCCGUUAUUUGCUUGCUUCUACUACAACUCUGUGUGGAGUUCUUAUCCUCCAGGGAAUUCCUAAAAAAGACAUUUACUAUGUACCAAGGUGCUUUAAUACAUCAUCUCAUGCAAUCUCCCAACAAUCCUGAAGGUAUUAUUUUUCACUUCUCAGAAUAUAUUUACACAGUUAGAUGUUAAGUGGCUUGCCCAAGGUCAGACAGCUGGUAAGUGACAGGGCCAGGGUGUGACCCAGGCUGUGUGAUCCUAUUCUGCCAUGCUGCUUUCCUUCUUUCCCAUUGAGCCUGAUCUUCUCAAGUUUGAAGUCAAACACCAGAUUUCAGAAAUGCAUUUUUCCCUACCUAUUAAACCAUCAUAACCAGGAUUAUGGAAGUGUUGAGGAGGUGAGACCACCUUUUCUGUUUACAUCUCCUAAUUAAAGUGAUAACAGCUCCUUUGUCAUCUAGGUGCUGAGUGACGGUGGUUUUCAUGUCUUGUCUGUUGACUACAGAGGUAUGUGUUAAGAACAGUGUACAAAGAUUUUUCAGUAAGAAGGGGCCUUUUGAUGGCCCUCAUUUUGGAGGCAGUGAUAUUGUGUUUGCCUUUCCUUGCUGCCAGGGUUCGGGGACUCGACGGGUAAACCCAUGGAGGAUGGGCUGACUGCGGAUGCUGUUUGUGUCUAUGAGUGGACCGAGGCGAGAAAUGGUACCACCCCUGUGUGUCUCUGGGGCCACUCUCUGGGAACAGGAGUUGCAACAAAUGCUGCAAAAGUUCUAGAAGAGAAAGGAUUUCCAGUUGAUGCUGUUAUCCUGGAGGCUCCAUUUACCAACAUAUGGGUUGCAAGUAUCAAUUAUCCCUUGUUAAAGCCCUAUGAAUGUCAACCACAUCUUUCAUUAUUUUAUGAGAAGAAAGUCUCUAGAGAAUUCAAGGAAGUUGCUGAAUGGUUUUACACGGCAUCCCAGGUAGAGAAGAUGAUCUUUCCAAGAAGAUAAAGAUUUGACUGACAAGAUGUGUUUUUUUAAAAUCUGUUGUAUAUAUUAUCCUAAUUUUAUAAUUUCAUUCCAUGUCUGAUGCUCACUUGCUUAUAGUCAUACCUCCAUAGAAAUGUUAGCAAAUGAGAGGGGGGUGGGUAAGAUUCUUAGAGGGAACAUAUGGCCCAAGUUUGUAAAUUGUUGAUUAACCUUGGAAGGCAUCUUAAGGGUACUUUAUUUUUUUUAAUUAAUUAAAAAAUUUUUGGCUGUGUUAGGUCUCCAUUGCUGUGUGCAGGCUUUCUCUAGUUGCGCCAGGUGGGGGCUACUCUUCGUUGCGGUGCGCGGGCUUCUCAUUGCAGUGGCUUCUCUUGUUGUUAAGCAUGGGCUCUAGGCGCGAGGGCUUCAGUAGUUGUGGCAUAUGGGCUCAGUAGUUGUGGCUUGCAGGCUUUAGAGCACAGGCUCAGUAGUUUGUGGAGCAUGGGCUUAGUUGCUCCGCGGCACGUGGGAUCUUCCUGGAACAGGGCUCGAACCCAUGUCCCCUGCAUUGGCAGGUGGAUUCUUAACCACUGCACCACCAGGGAAGUCCCUUAAGGGUACUUUAAUCCAACUGUCUACUUUUGGAAUCUUUCAUACAAUAAAUCAUCAUAGAACUUUCUGGAACUUGCUUAACUAUUUCAGCUCAUUACUUCCUGGGACAGCUAGUUCACAGAAUCACAUAAUCUUGAAAAUGCCUGUACUAAGCUCCAACUCAAUGCAGGAAUCCUCUCUACAAUCCAAAAUACUGAAUGCUGAGUAAUUUAAGAUUUAAUAAAUAAAACAUUUUAAUUGGUUCUAGACAAUUAAAUAUUCAUUUAAAAAUAAUAAUUGAACAUCUAUUAUAUUACUCUUUUUUUUUUUUUUUUGCGGUAUGCGGGCCUCUCACUGUUGUGGCCUCUCCUGUUGCGGAGCACAGGCUCCGGACACGCAGGCUCAGUGGCCUUGGCUCACAGGCCCAGCCGCUCCGCGGCAUGCGGGAUCUUCCCGGAUUGGGGCACGAACCCAUGUCCCCUGCAUUGGCAGGUGGGCUCUCAACCACUGCACCACCAGGGAAGUCCUAUUAUAUUACUCUUAAGUAAUUACUAAUAAAUUAAUUAACUUGAAGGCAUGUUACAAUUCAGGUACAAUCUUUCCAUUUACUUUUCUUUUUUUGAAAUUUUGUUAAUUUUGAAAUUUAAUGUAAUAGGGAAAUCUAUGAUUUAAUAGUUAUAAACUGAACCUCCAUGUAACCAACAUUUAGUCAAGAAAUUAGCAUCACUGGCAUCCCAGAAGCCUCCUGUAUGUCACUUCUCAAUCCAGUAAGUCUCACCUUAGAUGUAAAUCUUAUUCUGAAUUUUAUGGUAAUUAUUUUCAUGCUUUUCUUUAUAGUGUUACCACCCAUGUGUGCAUCUCUAAGCAGUAUCAUUUUGGUUUUGAACUUUAUACAUUAGUAGGAUUAUAUAGAAUGUAUUCUAUUUUUUUUCAACCAACAUAUAUUUGUGGGAUUUUAUCAUGAUGUAUAGCUGUAGUUUGAUCAUUUUCGUUGCUAUAUAGUAUUUCAUUGUAUACAUAUACUACCAUUUACUGAUCUAUUAUUUAUGAACAUUUGAGUUCCUUUCUGUUGGGGGCAGUUAAGAACACUGUUGCUAUGAAUGACCUUGAGCACAUAUUCUGUGAAUGUGUGUACCUGUUCCCUGGAGUAUACCCUAGGAGUGGAUGCUGGUUAAUGAGGGGCGCUUAAGUUCAGCUUUAGUAGUUAUAGCACCAGGCAGUUUUCCUAGGUGAAUUUACCACUUUACUCUGUUGUGUAAAGAGAGUUCCAACUGCUUCACCUCUUUGCCCUCAUAUUGAUACCAUUGUGGUGUUCAUUUGCAUUUCCCUGAUAACUAAGGAACCUGGGCAUUUUUUCCCAUCUGUUUAUUAGCCAUUUAGAUACCCUCUCUUGUUAGAUACUUUUUCAUGGCUUUUGCUUAUUUUUAAAUUGAGUUGUGUUUCUUCUUAUUUGUUGAAGUUCUUCACAGGGCGAGCCAUUAGAAGAUUAUUUGUAUUGCAUAGAUAUUCUGUUAUUUUGUUCUGCCAUUUUACUCCUUUAAUGGUAUCUCAUGAUGAAGAGAUGUUUCUAAAGUUAAUGUGGGCCAAUUUCCAAUUUUUUUUAGAGUUAAUAAAAUAGUUAAUAG